AUGGCUCAAAUCCUAUCCACCACCGCUCAGCUUCUAGAAAUGGUGUUACAGGCACUGCUUUAUGGCGUGUACAUCGUGUUAUUCGUCCUGUCGAUGUACUUCCUGGCAGGUGACCGGGACCGUAAACGUAGUGGCGCAGGGAUGAACGGGUCGAUGAUUUUGAUUAUCAUUGGCAAUAUCCUUCUGUUUGCUACCAUCACCGCUCAAUGGAUCCUCGUAGAGAUCCAGGGCUUCAUAGGCUUCAUCGGUCACGGUAGUGAGCCUAACGGACCCUUUCUGUACUUGAUAUCCAUAUUCGACGGUCUGGCUGUCGCUACCUUGGCUCUAUACAUGGUCGAAACGGCUGUAGCUGACUUCAUCAUGGUGUAUCGACAUUGGAUAGUGUGGCAACGCAAGUGGAUGACUGUGACGCUUCCUGCCUGCACAUAUUUUACCGCUUUGGUCUGUGGAGCGAUCCUUGUCUACCGCAUGCACGGGUUGACCACAGAUGAAGUCUCCCUCGUCAACUCCUCCUGUGGUGUGGUUUUAUACAAUGCACCGCAACAGGCAACUCAACGGUGGCCGGCGGAUGCAUAG